AUGAGUGACAAGUUAUCUGUUUACAGCCAACCAAACUCAACAAUUGUCGCAAUUUUCGAAACAAAUGUACUAGGCGUAAUUGAUAUUUCGGUUUCUAAUGUAGAUAUCAAAAAACUAGGAUCAGAUCUAAUAGCUUUAGCAACAAAUGAAACAAAUUUAGAAAUUUCCCUAUAUGAUCUUUCAGCCGAAGUAAAUACAGAAGUAUGGAUUGUUCCCUCAACAAACUGUUUCGAUAAUUCGUACAUUGUUUCUAAUUAUGCUCAAGUAAUUGCAGAUUUUCAUUUUUCUGAUCAAAAAGAAGAGAUUUGUAUCUUUUUACCAUCAAAAAGUGGCAUCAAAACACUCGAAUACGAGUUUAUUGCUGGAAAGGGAAAUGCCUUAGUUUAUGAUAAAAUGAAAUUAUUAAACACCAAAGAGAGUACUCAAAAAUUCGAAAACUUAGAUAAUACUUCAGCUUUAAUCCGCUAUACAAACAAGGAAUCAAGCCAUUUACGUAUAAGAAAAACUAAUAUCCAAGAAUCAGUUUUUAUUGAGUGUCAAGCCAAGAAGAUAAAUCAACUAACAUCAAUUAGUGGAAUAAAUUCAGUUCCUAACAAGAAUAUCAGGAUUUCACAUUCUUGCAGCGGAUUUUAUCUCCCAUCUUUAUUUGGUGAUUCAUCUAUUGGUUACAUAACCUCAUUUAUACUUCUUAUUCUCCUUCCUACUCUUAUUGUUCUUUCAAUUGCUGUUAUUUUAUUUAAUAAGAAUUGUCCAGUCAGAAAAGCUACUUCUCAGCCAAUUGAAACCGGGUUAAAAGACAUUGAAUCUAAUCUCAUUAUUGAUGUGGAAGAUGUUUUGGAAGAAUCCGAGAAUGAGGAAAAUUAA